AUGCCCGGCCACGAUAAUGUUAUAAACGUUACAUACGAUAUGAACUCAACGAAAACCAUGGAGUUACCGUACGUCCAGCUUGAGAAACAGGAGGCCACAACCCCGCCACAGAAGAAAAAAAGUCGACUGCGGGAGAAGAUUUACCAUGUGUUCGUUGUAGUGGUGUUGGUAGUUUUAACACACAUGACAGUGUCCGCGCAGUGGUCGCUCCCUAUCUUCUACGCUGUAUCUCUACCCAUCAUCAUCACCAUUCGCAUCAUCAUCUAUUUUAAAAAUAAAUGGCAGUACUUCCUGUUGGACUUCUGUUACUAUGCCAACCUCACUUGGUAUAUUUUUAUAUGGAUCGCCGAUUCGCCUCGGAUGUUCGCCGUAGUGUUUGGGAUAGCCAAUGGUCCUCUGUUGUGGGCCAUGGUGGUGUACCGGAACUCUUUAGUAUUUCAUAACCACGACAAGGUUUCAUCUUCAUUCAUUCACAUUGUCCCCGGAAUACUGUCGUUUGCAAUACGCUGGUAUCCUAGCAGUACAUCUACAUACUGGGUUAACACUUUCAACCAUGGAAGUACGGACUGGGAUCCAGAAAUGAUUGUCUGGCUCUUCGUUGUCCCUCUCUGUUGUUUUAUCUUUCACAGUGGAAUGUACGCACUGGUAAUACACGUGAUUAAAAAACCCGGUCCGGAACAUUUCCUCAGUUAUAACUACCUCGGAACCAAGGAAGGGGGCUGUUUACAUAAAAUGUUCAACUGCUGUGGGGAAGGGUCCCGCAGUAUUUGUUUUUUCCUGUCGAACUGGUUAUUCUGUUUUGUCUCUCUGACCGGCGUCAUUGUUUGUUACUACUUUUUCGCUGCCCAUUGUGUCUUACUGGUUAUGCUUGCGUUGAUAAUCAUCUACAAUGGAGCAAGUUACUACGUCCAUGUUUUCAGUGUCCGGGGUUUUGUAGAUGAAAUCGAAUAGAGAUUACCGCCCGGGUACUCCAUGUACAGAAGUGCAUUUGUGGACGUUUGGACAGACGAACUCCAUGUGGACAAACUGUUUCAGGCGCAAACGAAAUGUAUCAGUGAUUUAUA